AUGAAAAAAAAGCGGCAGCAAGGGCAGAGCGAAAUUAAGCAGCUCAACCCCAACUGGGAGCAGCUCCGUCAGAAACUGAAGAGCUCUGGCCCCAGGAGACAGCCUUCUAAAACCCCGCAGGAAGAAUCAGAAGCCGGGAACGAAAGUUCAAUUUUAGGGAAACGGAAAGAUAGAGAUUUGAUUGAGGAAUCUAAUGUUUCUCGACCUAACCCGUUGAUCCCAACUUCCUCUGACUCCAGUAUCACAGAAGCUUUAGCCAUGGACUGUGAAAUGGUUGGUGUCAGCUCUUUGGGUAACAAAAGUGCUCUUGGACGCGUUACCCUGGUUAACAAAUGGGGAAAUGUUGUCUAUGACGAAUUUGUCCGCCCAGUAGAAUGGAUUGUUGACUUCCGAACAGAAAUUAGUGGGAUCCGGGCUCGUGACUUGAAAAAAGCAAAGAACUUCAUGGUAGUUCAGAAAGAAGUGGCCGAGUUGCUCAAGGGGAGGAUUCUUGUUGGGCAUGCUUUACAGAAUGAUCUAAAGGCGUUACUUUUAACACAUCCGAAGAAGGAUAUACGUGAUACAUCACAUUAUCAGCCUUUUCUGAAGGAUGGACGUAGUCGAGCUCUUCGUCAUCUUGCAUCUGAAUUUCUCGGGGUGGAAAUUCAAAACGGUGAACAUUGCCCGAUAGAGGAUGCCCGGGCUGCAAUGCUUCUUUAUCAAAAAAAACGGAAAAUAUGGGAAAAAAGCGUUAAGGAUAUGACUAGGCUCAAGGAAAAGAAGAAGCAGAGGAAACCCAAAAGUAAGCGGAAAAAAGAAAGUUCAGAUGUGCAUCAUGAUGACGCUUCAUAG